AUUUUGAUGUUCAAAUAUUAAAAAAGGGAAACCUAAUUCUGCAAAAAUGCCUCUAAAAGCUUAGUUACAAAGUUAGAUUAUUUUGCUUAGCAUCCUUAAUUUUAAGUUCUAAAAAAGACAUCCUUUAGUACAGCCAUUGGCUAUUUACUCACAACAAUCUUAUCAACAAUAUGUCUAUUUUAUUUAUACAUGUAAAUAGAUGAGUUAACAAAAUAAGCAAAUCCAAAUGUUAUUAUUUCUGAUAAUCAACCCCUAAAUACUCCAGUAUAAUUUAUUUAUUUAUUAUAGGUUAUAUACUUAUCUAGAAGUAACUUUACCUUUGUAAUUAGUGUCUCAAAUGCUCUACUACAAUCAUUCGAUAAAAAUUUGAAAUAUUAUAAUUUGACUGUAAAUUAAUGUCAUAGAAAAAGACACUAUGACGAAUCUAGUAGCAGUGUCAAUAUUUCACUCAAGUAACAUAUAUUAUUAGAAUAAGUUGUUUUAAUUACUAGAUUGAGCCAUGCAAUUUGGAAAAGCAUUUUGUAACAGAUUUGUAGAAAGUUUAUUUUAAAAAGUUUGCACUAUCCACUAUGUAUUGUUUAAAUCCAGAAUAAUGGGAUUAAAGACCUAUAGUAUAAUAUUUAUUUAAAAUUUUAGUAACUUUAAGGUCAUUCUUAAAGUGAUAACUUUUAGUUUAUUACUGUUAAUGUAAAUAUGUGCAAAAACAAUACAAUAUAUAAAAAUUGCAGUCCUAUAGAAGAAAUUCAAAAAGGACUUAUUACUUCUAAUUAUGCAGUCUUUCUUUCUGACGUUCUUAUUAAAAUGUAGAAUCCUGGAAGACCCUACGAUGACGUAAUUACUAUUUAAAAUACGUAAUUUUCUUAUGCUAAAUCAUAACAAAUGCAUUCAAUGUUUAAGAUUGUUCAUACUUAAACAGAUGUUGGCUUAAUAAAUAAAGAUAUAUAAGUUGAUGAAACUAUUUUGCCAUCAGUUACAAAAGAAUACUCAGAAUCGUACAAUGGAUAUUAUUUAGCUAACAAUCUCAUUUAUUUAGACUAAAGAGAAACAAUUUACUAUAGAUCAUAUAUUAAAUUAUAAGCAAUAUUAGGUAAUAUUGGAGGUUUGUGGUAAAUCAUUUCUUUGGCAAUUUCUGCUAUAUUUGGGCCAGUUUUACUAACAUACAUGAAUUUAUCUUUAGUUAGCAAAUUUUUUAGACUUGAAGUAUAAUAACCUAAAUCUUUAAUUGAAAAACAAAUUUUUGAUUAAGAUGAAAUAAAAGAGAUAAAUUUAAUGGCUUCAGAUUUUUAAAGCAAAAAUUAAUCCUAAAUUCAAAACAGCAAUCAUUCAAAAUUAAAAUAAUAUCUUAAGAAAAAAAAGAAUCCAAUCAGUAUAACUUUUAAAGAUGCAUUGUUGAUGUAUUUAGGAUGUUUAGGAAAGAAUUAAAAAACAUAUAGAUUUGCUAUUUAGAAAAUAAUGAUGAAAUUGGAUGUAGCCUAUAUUAUCAAAAAAUUAUAUGAAAUUGAUAAAUUAAAGAGUAUUUUGAUGACAAAUGAAUAGGUAAAAUUAUUUAACUAUAUUCCGAAACCAUUAAUACCUAAUAAUAUUUUUAAUGUCGGGUUUGAAAAAUAAUACAACUCCAAUUCUAUUCAAACAGAUUCCAUGUCCAUUUUUGAAGAAGAAAAAACUGAAAUUUAAAAAUUAGAAGAUUCUUAUCUGGCCUAUUAGAAAAUUAAACAAAAAAAUAAUCCAUCUAAUUUAGAUGAAAUUAUUAUUGAUCAAAUGGAUGAAGAUAUUAAAGCAUUUUUUGAAUGUCUCAGAAAGAAAAAUAGCGGAUUUAUGUAUCCUAUUACCUCUAGAAUGGAUUCUAAUCCAUAAAGUUAAAGAGAUGAAGAAAUUUUGAUAAUAAAUUAAGAACCUUAAGCAGGAAAAAUAUUAACUAAUAAGAAAUGA